CUUUGCCUCAGGACCAGACCCCCCAGACACUCUGCAACCAACACAAGGUGGAGUUUACUUUGACUGCACGUCUCCUAAUGCCUGCUACAACUAAUGGGCUCAUGCGACACCUGAUAUCCUCUCAUUUCCUCUCUCACAAAAGCGGAUCACAAUGAGCACAGCACGGGGCGAACACGUCGCCAUCGAUACCAGCUACACCACCAUCCACACGCUGAAAAGGCAAAGUGGAAAGGAGGGCAGGCCGCUCCGCUACAUGCAGAAAGAUGGCGGGUUUUCUGUGGUUUUCCAGAAGGCCCCCGGAGACUGGAGCCUAUACCUGAUGGACUUCUUCACCACUCUUGUGGAAAUCCGUUGGAGGGUGAUGCUCCUCGUAUUCUCCCUUUCCUACAUCUUCUCCUGGCUCCUCUUUGGCCUCUGUUAUUGGCUCAUCGCGUUUGUGCACGGAGACAUCGACGACACAGACAACGAACCCUGCGUGUACAAUGUGCGUGGCUUCACGGGAGCCUUCCUGUUUUCAAUGGAGACCCAGGCGACUAUAGGCUAUGGCUUCAGGGGGACGAGUGUGCAGUGUAUCGUGGCUAUUAUUUCGGUGACGGUUCAAAGUGUAUUCAGCUGCCUCCUCGACACCAUUGUCAUUGGCGCCGUUGUGGCGAAGAUGGCGUCCGCUCGUAAGAGAGCUCAGACAGUGGGUUUCAGCAGCUGUGCAGUAGUCAACCUGCGAGACGGGGUGCUGUGUCUGUCAUGGCGCCUCGGAGACUUCAGAGGAAAUCACAUCCUAGGGGGGGUAGUCAGGGCCCAGCUAGUCCGCUAUGUAAAACACCAACAGGGGUCUAUUGUGAUGUCCUAUCAGGACCUGGACAUUCAGAACAGGGACAUUGUCCUCGCCACACCAACCACCAUCAUUCACAAGCUGGAGCCCGGCAGUCCCCUCUACAGCCUGGGCCCUGACGACCUGCUGGGGGACGACUUUGAGCUGGUGAUGUCUUUCACUUACACGGGGGACUCCACGGGUAUGCUCCACCAGACACGCACCUCCUACACACCGGCAGACAUCCGCUGGGGCCAGCGUUUCACGGACAUGCUGAAAGUGGGCAGGAGGCACUACAAGGUGGACUACUCUCUGUUCAACGUGACCACGUGGGUGUCGGUGCCCCUGCUCAGUGCAGAGGAACAGGACAGAGAGAAGCUUCCUGUGGAGGACCUGGGUCCGCUCCUUCCGCCGGGCAAGACAAACGGACACACGCACCAGGUGAAUCGUGACCUCGCGGUGGAGGUGGUGCAACAAACAGCCUUGUAGCUACUACGUCACAGUGCAGGCUGGACUAUUCCCAGAAGAUUAGGUUCUGUCAGGACAGCAUGAUGAGAUGCGAUCUUGUAAAUAUAUUUAUAUGUGAUAUUCAAAUGUUUUUUGUAAGCUUCAAAUUAAUGAAUGAGUCGUGAGUUAAAUAAAAGCGACAUUUUCCUCAUAAAAGUCUU